GGCCAUUUUAUUUGAAUCUUUACAGUUCACCAAAAAGUCCAUUCAGGAAAAACUUGAUAGUAUAGUCUGCAAUAAUAAGAGAAUGCAUAAUGCUAGAGCCAUUGUGUAAACAGGUCACAUACAGUACUCCCUUUGUCCAGUCAGUUACAUUGAUGCUUCACAUCUGCAAAUAAAAAUGUUAACCCAGGGUUUAGGAAUGUUAAGUGAGAAAUGCCAGCAUUUUUAUCUGUCGGUUUUAAGGUGCAAAGCACAUUUCCAUCAUUCCUAUUUAUGAUCAUAAUACAUGCUUAAUUCUUAUCACGCAAACCAUAUGGGGUUUAAAUUUGUGACCACAAGGAUUAACAAGAACAAUGCUCGCUCAUGUUACAAGAUUUUUUUUUAGGAGUAGGUAGCUCAAUGUCUCCGCCCACCUUUAAAGUAUAUUUAUACAGUGGUUUGUCAGCGAGAGCUCACUAAUUGUCUUCAUGAUGACCAUCAUCUCUCUGCUCCUGCUGGCCUCUCUGCUGCCACACCUGAUCUUCACUGCUCAUGUGAAUGUGGGUAUAGUGAAUGGCAGGUUGGCCAAACACAGACCUUACAUGGUUUCGAUUCAAUUGAACAAGGAACAUAUCUGCGGUGGAUUCCUCAUCUCUGAUCAGUGGGUCUUGACUGCUGCACAUUGCUGGGAAGAUGCUAUCGAGAGAUGUCCACAGUUUCUGACAGCUGUGGUUGGUGUGCUUGACAUAACCAAGAGUAUAAGCUCGAACCGCAUCAAAGUGAAGAAAUGCAUCCCACAUCUAGAAUCCUGCUCAGGACCUUCACGGAAUGACAUCAUGCUUUUGAUGUUAGAUAAAAAGAUAGAUCUAAACUACAGUGUUAACAAGAUAGAAUUACCAAAGGAAGGAGAAGAUGUAAAAGCAAGAAGUAACUGUAGUGUUAUGGGCUGGGGAAUACAGCAGCCCAAUGGCUCAGUGAGUACUCAUCUACAAGAGGCAGACGUGUUUAUACACAAUCCUGCAGUGUGUCUAGCUCGAUGGGGAACUCUUUACAUAGACUCACAGAUGAUCUGUGUCCGUGGCUGGGGUGGAACCUGCCAAGGGGAUUCAGGGGGUCCUCUGGUUUGUGGAAACAUUGCAGUUGGUAUCACAUCUUUUGGUGGAAUUGAAUGUAAUUCACCCCAGAGACCUAAUGUGUAUGCCAAGAUUUCAGCUUUUCUUCCAUGGAUUAAAAAAAACAUGAGAAAUGUUAAGUGACUUCAUGGAAAAUAAAAAAGAAGAAUUGUUUUCUUGAAUUCUCUCAUAAACCUUCUUUCAAUAAAAGUAUCACAUGGCAAGCAUCAA